CGGAAACGUCGCCAACUGCAACUACGUACUCAGUGAUAACUACGAGAACUUGUCCGGUGACGAGAGUCCCGCGUCGCGCUCUCUGGAGACGUCGAACGUCGACCACAAGGCCAUCGAACUUUUCCUGCCUCUCGUAGAUGCCAUGGAAGGGCAAGGGCAGAACGACAGCUCUGCCACUACUACGGCUGUUGCUUCGGAAGAGUUUCCCGAAAUCGCCGGUGACGUCGACUGACUACGACGACCUGCCCGAGGAAGGCAGCCUAGUCAUUGAUGACGAAGGCGUCGAUGGUGAACCGAGCGCAGCUAGUGGUGCUGCCGUCGCGAACGCUGCAGGUUCCAACAAGGGGGUGUCUGGAACAAGGAUAAAGUGGCCACAUCGGUCACCUACGGCCGUGACGCCGGAUUCGCCACAGGAAGCAUCGGCUGCUUCCCCCGCGCCGAGAGCUGACCACAUCCCUACGUCCAGGAGCCAGUCCGUCGACGACGUCGCCGACACUGGCUCCAGGUGGCAACUACUCAAAGACCUAAAGAACAAAACGUCCAAGUUGGGCCUACUUAGAAAAUCUACACCCGGGGACUCCACGAGAGGCGACGACUCGGGCGUUACACAGCCUCCGCCGCUGACGCCCCUUCAGGGAGUCGACUCGCCGCCGCCAGCCCGACGGCCGGGCAGGCGACCGAACCCGCGACCAGCGGCUGCCGCGACGCCCAGUGCUGGGGACGGCAACGAAGAAGACAGGGCUGGCGGUGCCGCGAGGUUGGGGCCAGGGCGCCUGUCCGUCGACGACCACGGUGACGGUACGUCGGCGGCGGGGACGACGCCCCCGCUUCGCAACGGUCCGCGUCGACGGUCCCGCUGGAAGGCGUCCGCCUCGCAAGAGGACGAAGACACCGGCGGCGCUGAAAGCGGGAGCACCGUGGAUUACCAGCUCAGCUCGGACGAGGAGACGUCCAAGAGGAGCUCCGGCCAGCCGACGCCUCCUCCCCUUCCGCCGCCCGCACAGGCAUCUCACAUAGGAGCAGGUGGCAAGAAGCAGCGCAAGAACUCGGAGGACAACCACCGGCGCGGCAGCGGAAACUCGCUCAGUGGAGAGCAGCACGGCGAUGAGUCUCGUUACAAGCGGCUCGCCCAGGAGCUACCGGGCUUCAACUGGCUAGAGCAGAAGAUCAUGGGCCACGGCGGCGGAAACUUCGCCGAUGCGCCGCCGUCCAUGUCCAAGCACGUGACCCGCGAGGCACCCGCGGUUGUCACUGCUCCUGCAGCUGAGAGAACGGAGCAGAAAGCAACUACGCCUACACAGGAGCCAAAGCGUGUUUAUCCUCCGGGCACCGACAUCCUUAGCCGUUCCAUGUCCGAGAUACAAGACGAUUGCUGUGACGACGAUGUAGGCGACGAGGCGCCUGUCAUGGAGGCUACUGUAAUAGAUGCACCAGAGGAGGACAAAAAUGGAGGUGAUGGGCAGUCUCAAGAAAUGGUGCAGCAGGAAAUCCCAAGGCAGAUUCUAGUCACUGCGCAUCCUGAUACCUACACGAGCGAUCCUCGCCUUUCACAAAUGAUAACGUCCACAGCCCUUAUGCGACCGCAAUAUCCCUUAGAGGUUCAUAUGGCUGGCUCGAAUGCUGCGCUUGAGUUACCAAUGGGCACCCCUGGCCUAUCUUCUGCACCGAUGUUAACAUGCGUUCCUCAGGCCAUGCCAGAAGUGGAAGCCGAGCCUAGGCAUUCCCCAAAAACCCAAGCCGAGGUCAUUCCACAGGGGAGGACAGCCCCGGAAGAACAGUCGAGCGAUUCUGACGUGCUCUAUCUAGGAGUUUCGAGGAAGAGCUUGUCACCGGGUUCCGAACACAGCGGUGGCGAGCAUAGAACGUCCAUGUUGUCUGAAGCCAGCAAAGUAUCCGAGAUGUCGAGGUCUGCAGAUGCCAACGCUACGCAAGCAGCAAGUACUCAAAAACCGCGUGCUGGGGCACCAGAGCCGAUAAAUUUGAGUGAUGCAGCCAGACGAGGUGAAGCUUAUGGUACACCAAGGGAGCACUAUUCCUUCUUCCAGCCUCAUGCAUUUGUCAUGGCUGACCAUCAAAGAUGGCUAGAGGAACGCCGCUACCAAGAAAUGAUGAACUCUCGCGGACCCAUCAUGCAGCAGAGGCACCCGCCUUCGUCACAGAUUUCACCCGAGUUGAGUCAGAGGAGGCUCUCUGGGGGUGCACAGAUGUUGCCGAGUCGUAUGGAAGCACAACAGCAGUACAGAGCUGCGGUACCUGAGCGCUCACCAACGCUACGCCAAGUUCCACCUUCCCACCAAGGUGCAUCACCUCAUCAAGCACUAGUGCAGCACCAGUCAACCCCGUCGCAUCAGUCACAGCUGUCGCAUCAGCCAUCGCAUCAAGCCCAGUUGCCGCAACAGGCGGCCCAGUCACACCAACCACCGCCGUCACACCAGGCACAUUUCCCGCACCAGGUGCCGCCGUCACACCAGCCGCCGCCGCCAUCCCACCAGGCACAGCUUUUGCACCAGACACAAUUAUCGCAUCAGAUACCGUUUUCGCGCCCAGCGCAGCAAAUGCACUCAACGGCUUCAUAUUAUCCAAUGCCUCGAGCGCACCAAGCACAGCCAGGUGGUCAGCCUCUUCAGCCACUUCCUGCACUGACGCGCGACACCCCACCUCGCAACGGAAGGCCAGAACUGUACCAACAACAGCAGCGUUACAAAAACACGGAACAAGCAUACGGAGUGGGUCCUCACCCUCAAAUGGGUGCAUACAUUGGGCCUCAAAUACCUAAGCAAAGUCCUGACCCAGCUGCUAAAAACAUGUCCCCACCAACUGGAAACCCUUACAUGAAAGAUAGCAAGACAGAGUCCUCGUACAAGGAAAUAGUCACUUCCCGACAAGAAAGACCAGGAGCUGCGUCACUGCCGGCAGCUUCAGCAAACGCGAAGCCUCCGUCGAGUUCACCCCAUGUACAACGCCCUGAAUCAGGUGGCCAUUCUUCACAGACGAGCAGUCUGAAAACGGAAAUGGAGAUGCUAAAGGACGAGUUGAAGUACUUGGACGCCUUGGCGGCUCAAAAGGAGGCUGAAUACGAGAAGGUGGUGCACACGAGAACUGAAAAGCUCAAGACCCUAAACCAACUCGAAGCGAGGUAUAAGCGUUCGCUCGAGCAGCCGCAGUCGUAUCCAAAAGAUGACCUUCGGUAUCCUGGUACCUCAGUUGAGGUUCGGCCGGGACAAAGCCCGGCCUCUCAAUCAGAGAAGGCAUCUUCUCUUCUGGAUGAUCCGAAAGCUGUUCCAAGGCAACGGUCAUCAUCAAUCGGUGGAGGUGGCCAGCAGAAGACGUCGUCUCCAUCUCUGUCCUCUCCACUGGUGAAAACUUCAUCUGGGCAUCAGGCAGUUCCUGGACUCAUUCCUUACCCGCUGCCACAUCCCCCUCAGCAGACCAGACCACCGCUAUCACUGCCGCCGCACGCCAACAUUCCAUUAAACAUGCCAAUUAUUGGAGCUGGAAUGUUCAAUAUGCGCAACGUGGAGCUCCAGCGAGAUUUUGCUCCCAUGAUGGGGACCCAGCCGCUCAACUCGCCAAUGGUGCCAGGAUACGGCAGGCCAUACUACCCACUCGACAGGAGCAAGCACCCAAUCCAGCACCCUAUGGAACCGCCGAAGCCUGCGGUCAAGCGAAAGUACUCGCCUGGCAGUGCCGCCAGCCUUCCACAGGCAAAUGGCGAAAUGCGCAGUACCUCACAGCGUCCUGCCAUGGCACCGACGGGACAGCGCCAGAGGGAGCCCGAGAAGGUUACCGCACCCUUGAGCCAAGAGCACGCGCAAUGGCUGCAUGCCAUGAAGUCGCGCGAGUCUCAGGGCGCGCCACCGGGCUAUCCCACUGGUGUUCAGAGUGCCUUUCAAACGUACAAUUCAUUUCCCACCAGGCGCGUCCUACCGGAAGACCUGCCCCUGAAUCCUGCGAUGAGCAACGCCGCUUGGAGCAACUACGCGGAAGGCCUGCACGAACAGUAUGCUCUUCAGAUGGCGAAACAUGGCUUGUACCCGGGCCAUCCCGCGUGGAGUGGAUUAGAGAAGCAGCAGCAACGUAGCAGCGAUACUACAAAUGCUGCCAUGCUUGGAAGGGAGCCUCCGGCAAAACGACCGUCCCGUGAAGAGCCAGUAAUGCAGCAAAUGUCAAAAGACAGACACAUGAUGCGGCCCGGAGACAAGCCUGUUGCCCAUGCAGCGUCGUUGGGAAGUCAAGCACCGCCCCAGGAACAGGCUCUAUCAGCGCAGCCGACACAGGCGCCGCAGAAUCCGCAAAGCAAGAACAACACUUGUGUCAUGUGUGGCCAGCAUGCCCAGUUCAUGUGCUCUGGCUGCCAGAACAUAUGGUACUGUGGGCCUCAGUGUCAGAGGAGCCACUGGGUGAACCAUUCCAACGUCUGCAUGGGGACCAAGCGUUGAGGGCCAUGACGUCGUGCCUCACUGCGGUCUAACGCUCAAGAUGUGACAUGGGGAAGCUGUGCUCCGUGUAGAGGAGCAAAACCGAUCUCGUGGUGGGCAAAUGGAACCCAUCCGGCUGAUUCUUCGUGCAACCGCAAACCUCGGCUGGGAGAAGCCGUGCAGCGCUUGACAAGACAAGUCAAGAAUCUCCUUCAAGUGGUGCAGGACCUGGAGUGUAGCGAUCUGUGUGCUGUGCCAUAAGUUCGUGCACGUGCUGUGAUGUGUGCGCGUGUACCACGUUUUAUAAUUUCUUUCCCCUCACUAUAUUGCGCCUGUGACUCUCCCGACAGCUGCUGCAUCUUGACUAGUUGAGAAGCUGGCGCCACCAUCACUCCGUGCCGCGACAUGUUUACUGCCGUGCUCUAGUCAAAACACUUACGUUCCUGUCCACUGCAUUGAACUGUGGUGCAGAGUGACUCCUUCGCAUCUUCUCGAACUUCUUUAUCGCUUUUGGCGAUGCAUUGGCAUCGUGAACUGUUACCGAUGGGGAAGAAUGGCACGAGCAGUGUUAACACUUUUUUUCUUUGAAUUUCGCGAGCUUGGUUGGAAUGAUAUCCGGCGAGCAAACUUAUAUUCAACGGCAUGACCAAAGACAGCGGGCAUUAUUGUUUUGCCAGUGGCCAGAAAGUGACACAGCUGGUGCAGCGAGAUUCAAAGUUUUUCGUUAUGUUUGUUUGUUCUCUAUCGGUUUCAUACACAUCGUUUUAUUUCUUUCUCAGGUGUGCUUAGCAAUGAGCAUUAUUUAUGAGGGCAUACUGUUCUGCACCACAUACAGUCAUAUUCACUCUACUCCCACUCUUGUUCAUUAUUUUCCUGUCUGUUUUAUACGCAAAAAAUUCACUUGUGCCCAUAUUUACUGGUGGCUAAGGCGUUGCCAUUGAUUUGAAGGUGUAAUUUUUUUUUUCAUGCUGUCAUUGUUAGUUUUUAUUGCAUUCCCAGUUUUAGUUACUGGACGCAUAAAUUUGCUAUUGACCGUUUUUAUUGUACGAUGUUGAAAGUGGUGCUGUCCUAAGCCAUAUAUACACGCACUAUUUAGAUAGAUGAAAAGGGUACAUAUCAAAAUGCACUCUAUUUAUCCGGUCAUGUUGUGAUCUUCAUCGCAAUCCAAAGCUUUAUUCUUUAUAGGAAAAUCUAAUAGUUGUGUAAGAAUCAAUGAAAGCAGUGAUGUAUAACUCAACGAGUUCCCUCUAAUAGUCGCCAAACGUGCCAUCUAAAAAAAAAAAAGUGUAUUAGUAACUAUAGUCUUAAAAGGGUGCUGCACACUGCCACUAUGCUGCAGGUAUUGACAAAGCCUUCGGUGAUGAAACGUGGUUGGGCAGUGCCUUAAGCUUCUAUGUCGAACUCAGCUAAUGCGGUUAGACUAUUGCAGCAGUAUUCUUAACAGAACUCUUACACUCAGUGUCUAUAGAUAAAUCAUGAAAACCAAAGCAGCACUGUAAAAGAGCAGCAGUACUCCUAGCAAGGCCGGAGUAGCGCUGAAUUAUUUUUACAAUAAUAGAUGGUGGUACAGGUCUUAAUUACUCCAAGUUGUAGUGAUAUGUUUGUUUUUUCUGUUCACUCGGGUUUUUUAAAUCAAACCAAGUCUGUUGGGCCAAGGACGUUGAAAAUAUUUUAAAUGAACUGUAAUUAAGUGUAGCGGAUAUUACGUGCUUAAGUGGCAGAAUCAGGUUAGCGAGCUCUCACUGUUUUAUAAGUUGCAUAACAAAAAAAUAGUGUCGGAGUUCAACAAUUGCUUGUGUAUGAUUUAACCUUUUAGACCUUAUGCCUAUUGAAAGCACGAAUUCUGGAGAUCAGUCAUUUGGGUGGUACGUUGCAGUACGUCUACAGUAAAGGUUUUGUGUAGGUGCCGUAUAUUGUGUGUUACCGCCGAAUCGUUGCGGAAAAUUCGGAAUUCUCGCAGCAGUGUAGCCUAAGCUCCAAUUACCAACUUGCAUUUACAAGGAAAUUGCUUUCUGUCAUUGCACAGAGAUAAUGUUAACAUGAAAACAUGUACCACUUUGGUGAACGGUUGCCAUGUUGGGAGCAUGUGAACAAAGCUGCGUGGUGGUGGUGCUCAUGCCGCAAUCCUAAGGAUCUAGUUUUUAAAUUUGAGGCAAAGCUUCUAAUGCUCUAAAGCCAUGUGACCAUAAGUGAGAAGGUUUUGUUUACACUUUGACUUGGACAUAUUUGGGAGAUGGUGCCCUGCGAAGUGAGGUUAGUAUGUCAGUGUUAUCCGCAAGUGGCAAUUUUAGAGUGACACUAAAGGCACACAUGAAAUCAAGCUAAAGUGACACAUUAGAGAUCCAACAUAUGUAAAGCGUCAGCUAUAGCCAUAAGAACUUUUUCUAAGUGAUAAAUAGACGUACAAGUCGGACAGUGCUUGUGACACCGCAGUAUAAACAGGGUGUGUCACGUAAUAUCUGCCCAUUUUACUAAAUUGUGUGCUCGCUAUGGAAAAACAAUAACGCAGUUCAAUAUGCUUUUGAGGAACUCACAAUUGCAAGCAGCUUUAUUGUUAUUUACAAGCGUUGCUUAAUGCUGAAAGUAUUGAUGUAAUUGCCAGAACUUUAUAAAGAAGUUGCGGAGCAUAUAUUCAGACGUAUUCAAUGGAGUUUUUUCCGUGAAGGUAGUUGUUGGUUUAGUUGCUUUAGCUAGCCCAAAGAAAGCGUACCAAACCUCGAAAAGUAUGAUGGUACGUCCUCGACCAUCCUCUAGCUGCCUGUUCAUACACCCUGAUCUGCCUGCACCAGUGAAAAUUUUAUCGGGAACCUUUUUUAUGGCGCUAAAACCGUUGCUCCAAAGCAGCUAGUCAUGAGGCCGUUUUUCUGAUCUCGGGCACUUUCUUGGAGCUAGAAAAAGCAGCAACACAUAUCCAUAAGGAACGAAAUCGCUUAGAUAUUGUUCAAUACUGAAACAUUUGCAUUGAAACAUUGGCUUUUAGGUUGAUUAUUAGGUAAAUACUUGCUGAAUAAAGUUUCUUGUUACUAUAUGAGGCUCUUUAAGAAAUAGUUGGAAUUCUUCAAGAUGACAUCAAUCCUCUGAUCGGACUAGGAUAAAUUUUAAACUGCGAAGCUUACUUUCUUUUUUGAGAAAUCCAUAUGGGGUUCCUUUGUUGUUUUGUGCUACAGUCGGGUGGAUGACAAUUUUCCAUUUCUAGAUGACAUCGAACGACACUGAUUUGGUUAAGACACCUCUGCUGCUUCUUUUUUUUUAAUGUUUGGGGCAAGUUAUCUGAAAUAGAGACAAAGACGGGGGGGGAGGUUAACCAGAGGAUAUCCCCGGUUGGCUACCCUGUACCGGGAGCGGGAGAAAGUGGUGCGAAAGAUGAGAAGUUAGCACCUUGUGCUGAAUACCAGCUGCCAAUUAUGUAAUAUGUACUUUCUUUAAUUUGUUAUUUACAUGAUAAAAAAAACUUUCUCCCGUUGCAUUUCACCAUGCUAGAAAGUGUGGUUUAACUGAUUUUUUCAUUUCAAACAAAAAAAACUUACUGAUGUCACCUCCUCGUACUGCUCUGUCAGCGCAAUUGGUGGUAACCUAGGGCAUUUUCUAUGUGGUCCACUGACUUGAAGAAAAAUGCAUCACCAGGCUGAUCAUUGACAUCCGAGAGAGCCGAUAAAGACGUUUACCAUGAAGAGAUUUCAACAAUCACCUUUUUAAGGUAUGCAUGAGCGCUGAUUCACCUGGUCUGUUUUGUGUCAUCAUCGCACUGCUUGCUCGGUUUGCCGUUUCACCAUUUUCUGCUAAACAUGCAGCACCAUCACUGAGACGCUGUCGACUCAAAAGGCGGCAUCUGAAUUGCGCAGGAUGACAUGGGCUGGCUUUCGUCACCCCAUUUGUUGCGAACCUUUUAGUAUCAGUCUCCUCCACAGCUAAGAGAUCUGGCUUAAGUAAACCUCACGGGAUUUCUGGAAACUUAAUUUAACUGUCUAAAUUGAUCCAUUAUUUGCCUGGUGGUGUCGCUGUGUGGCAAUGAUCAUUUGCUAACGUCGAAGUGUUGUUCGCCAUUGUAGCAGCAGUGACACCGCAAUUUAGGGAAGUGAUGAAGUCCAUCAGCGCCGAGUGCGUUCACUGAAACAUUUAUAUGACAAUCAGAAGCUUUUUCCAAGACCACCUCACUCUUCAUGGUUUCAACAUCAAGUGCAUAUGCUCAAUGCUCCCUCAAUGUGCAUGCUCUGUGUGCUCAAUGCGAAGUGUGCCAUGUGCUCCGUGCAAGAGCCAGGAGAAUGCGCAUUAUCUAGAUACUACAGUAUAAUACCACCGCUGUUACUUCGACAACAGUGACCAUUUGGAUAGUUAAUCACGUAGUGAUGUCAACAAUGCUCCACUCUAUUAUUGCUUUCCCGCGAAGUUUACGCACCACCCGUGCAGCUUAGCAGACGCCUUGUAGUCGCCUACAAUUUCGUGCCACUAUAGUGUCAUCGGAAAAUAUGAAGUCAACGCACUUUUUCAGGACUAACGCGGCUUCCUCUUCGACGCGCAUGCUCAAAGUUUGCUCACAGUGGUGUUGCUGCAUUGCUUUUGACAUUAGGCGGUGUGAAAAUGGCAUUGUGGAAAAGCCUUUUAUAAAGCCUUUUAUAAAGCCUUUCAUUAACAAAAUCUUAAAAGGCGCUUUUUUAUACAGCUUGCCUCACUAGUGAAAUAUAUUGCUGGAGUCUUAAGCGCUCGUAAAACUCAUAGCUCUAAAUGAUCUCAUUUAACGUCACUUUGCAAAUCAUAUGAUGCCAUGUGUUGCGUCUCGAUGGAAAGGUACAAAUGUGGGGCUGUUUAAGAAAAAAUGUUGUCAUUCAACAUAAGCACGCUUUCUACUGAAACAGUUUUCUACAGUAUACACAAUUGUCACUGCUCCAGCUCUUCAAAUAGAUGCCUGUGUGUACGCACCAAAAAAAGAAAAAAACUGAUAAGCAUAAUGAAUCUGAUUAUACAAAUGACAUUACUGAAUUUGCCAGCGAGCACAUUCAAGCAGUCGUACAUUGUAAACUUAGUGUUGUUUUUUGUUUCCAUAUUAUUGUUGCAAUAGUGCCGCUACGGGGUGCCAUAUAGAGCUGUCUAAGCCUUUACAGAACAAUGCAUCUUUACGACGCAUGUGUGGUACAGUGCAAUACAAAAUUCAUAAUAACAAGUGCAAAUAGGCGUCAUUGCUGCUCAACUACAUUACAGUUUACAUUACAUUAGGAAUCUACAUUACAGUUUCAAGACUCCACCGGACGCUUCUCAGACGUAAAGACUAGGAAAAUACCAAUGCUCUUAUUAUGUUUAACAACAGUACAAAUGAAGCAAUGUUAUGAACUAGAUGCUGGCUCAUUCCUUUAUCAUCAAAGCUUGGUCUUAUAAAUGCGGAUACAUGAAUCAUUGACUCCGAACACCUUCACGGUACAAGAUCACUAAGCUUUUCAGAUAUAUUUAGAGUUCUUAGCUUCUCGCAAACACGGCUGAUAACAGUCAGGGUAAAUUUAUGUGGCUCUAAAUUUUAAGGAGCGACUUUUGCCAUCUGGGCGAUUCUUUUCAUUCGACCGUGUGAUUGUUUUUUUUUUUCUUUUUUUCAUUUUUGAGGCGGCCAAUGCUGUGCUGUUUAUCGCUGCCAUGAUUUUACAAACGCGUUAACAAAACGUGGGGACGCAUAGCCACUUUUCAAGGUGGAGUUUGUGCGAACACAGUGAAGAUGCCUGGACAAGCAACGUUGCUCAAUCAGUUUGCCCUCCGUGCAGUGCUUAUGGACCAAACCAAAAGUCUAUCUUUAAGAAUUCUUCGGCAAUAAUUGCCUCGCGUUUUGUCUAUACAUUUAAUACAAAGUCGCAUGCGAGACAUUGCUUAGCUGGCCGUCCAAGGCGCUGUGAUCUUGUGUACUGUGUUGGAAAGGGGCGUAAGGAAUAGGCUCGCUCGACAUAAAGCUAAACGUUAUCUUGUCUUGUGACCGCUUCAAACAGUAGCGUGUGUUUUUUUUUUUCUCCAGAUGUUUGACAGUGAAGCAAGCAAAGGAAGCUAUUAUUUAAUCAUGCCAUCACGAUUCUUUUAUUUAUUAUCACUGGAGAUGUUGCGAUGUUUUUGGCAUUGAUGUUUUAUGCUGAAGCCUCUGUGCCUCUUUGUUUAUUUGCUCUUGUAACUUAAUCAUGUACAGUGGUUGUGUGAUUUAUUGUGCAAGUUUGUGCUCACUUUCACGAAUUUUUGCCACAUUGUUCUAUGGUUGACUGUGUAAAAAAUAUUUCAAUACAGAUUUGCUGUUUAUUAAAAUGUCUGAUAUUUCUUUCGUU